AUGUUGGCUUGGAGACACGUCCAUCAAGCUCAGUCGCAUCACAUCACAACCACUGACGGCACAACUCUCACAACCAAACCAAACCCAACUACUCAAUCACGCAAAAUGAAGCUCUCUACCAUCCUCGCCGUCACCCUCGCAGUCGUCGCACCGGCUGCAGUGGAUGCCGCCAAUUGCAAGACCGGCUUGCACUAUUGCGGAUACGUCCUUCUUCGCAAAGGCAACUACUACAACCAAAUUAUCGAAGCCCUCAAAAAGGCAGACAAGUCCACUUCCUCGGCCUAUGUGAAUCAUUCUCUCUUUUAUUGCACGGGUGGGAGCAAUGGCAACAUCAAAUACCAGGCCAAGUGCAGCAGCUGUGUUGACGGUGGAGAUGGGAAGAGUGAUCACUGCUGAAUAGGCUGAGGCUGUUUAGAUUUCAUCGGGUCUGAGAACAGUCAAUCAGAAGGAGUACUUAUAGCUUCAGGUGUUUGGUC